GUUAUGGUGUAAGUGAUGACAUUUUACAAUUUUUCGCCGCAUAGAGCGCCGAUUGACAGAUAUUAAUCCAAUUUUGUAGGAAAUAUGGAAUCGUUGUAUCAUCAAACUAAUAAAUUAGUACAAGAAACGCAACACCUUUUCUCAAAUCUGGAGAGAAAGUCGUCCGAUACGGAUUUGCAGGAAAUAAAAGCGGCUAUAGAAAGCAAAAUCAAUCUUAUCAACAGCAAUUGUGAACGACUGGAUGUGCUGUGCCUGAAAGGACCUGUGUCGCAGAGACAGAAUACCAGAAUGCGAGUAGAUCAGUUGAAGUAUGAUAGUCGUCAUCUCAGUGCUGCCUUAAAUUCAUGGUGUAAUCGUGUGAUGAGACAACAGAGAGAGGAAGCUGAGAGAGAAGCCUUAUUAGCAAGAAAAUUUACCUCAAAUGAUCAUGUUGAUAUUUUAAUAGAUCAUACUGUACAACAUAGUAAUAAUUUGCAAAAUGCAGUUCACGGCAUAGAUGAUCUAUUACAUCAGGGUAGCGGUGUCUUGGACAACUUAAAAUCUCAGAGAUUAACAUUGAAAGGAGCACACAAACGCUUGAUAGAUAUUGGCAACACCUUGGGUCUUUCUAACACUACUAUGAGGCUAAUAGAGCAAAGAGCUCGGCAGGAUGGUUUCAUUUUGGUUGCUGGUAUGACAUUUACAUGUCUAGUUAUCGUUUUAGUGAUACUUUAUCUUAGAUGAGCAUUCCAAAAGUUGUUAUAUACAAUAUUUAUGAUUAUAUAACAAUAUAAUUGUUAAUUAUAUAAUUACCAUAUAAUUCACAUAUAUCUACUUGCAUUGAUAUUUGCCAAUUAUUUAAUUUAUAGUUAAUUAUUAGUUUGUUAACAAAAACAAUUGUAUGUUUUGUAAUUUGUGAUUAUUGCUAUAAGAAAUUUCAUAUGUAAAUAUAUACAAGUAAUGUAUAUCUUAUAUUUAUUUUAAUACAAUCAAUAAUUUGGUUACAUCUAAUUAAGAAAGUUACAAUUAGGAAUUGUCACUAUGAGAUAAAAUUAUUAUAAGAACAUAUUAAUGUAAUCUUUCAAUGUUUGAAGCUAUUUUAGUAAAAUUGAUUUAUGUUCUGAGUAAACAGAUACAAGAAUUCUAGUCAUAAUUUAUAUAAACAUAUAAAUUUUGAAGCAUUCACAACGUGUUAUGGGUUUAUUCGAAUCCUGCAGCAGCAAAUCCUGAAUUUUUAAUGAUCAAUUAUAGGUCUUUUUUACUCGUACCUUCUAUACUUUGUUGCGCACAGUUUUUUUCUUUUCAUCUCUCUUUUCAUCAAAUUUAAAGUAUACAAACUUUUAGACAUGUUUAAAACAUUAAAUAUAAUUAAACGUACAUUUUUUUAAUAUGUUUUAGACAAAUACUUAAAACAUGUUUUUAAGGAAGUGUUUAAUACGAAUUUUAGAUAUUAAAUUAUAUAAUUAAUAAUAUUAAUUUGAUUUUUAGACAUU